AAUUUUUUUUUUUUCCCACAACCCACACUUUCAUACAACCGCCUAAACAGAACACAGCGACAGGCCACAGAUUAAGAAGUCGAGAAACGUGCUUAGAUUUAUCCUAUCAGGUCAUCACGAGCUGCAGUAACCUGUUGCUGGGCAGAGGGCUCUCCAACCUGGGGAUCCCACUCCCAUCCCAGGCCAGUAGCCCAGCACCCCCACUCCGUCAUCCUCGGAGUCUGUGGAACAGACAGACAGGCACCGCGCUAGCCAGCCCGCGCUCCGGUGGGGUCCUUCGGGCCCCUGCAGGACAGCCCAGCUCGAGGUCCUGGUGCGGUCGCGUAGCAGCGGCAGAGACGCGGCCGAGCCGCUCCGGGAGUGCGGUCGCCUGUAAGAGGGUAAACCGGCUGCCUCGGCGGUCCAGGGGCCCUGGUGGGCGAGCGCAUCCGCGUGUGCCGGGUCUCUCCAAGCCGAAGCUGAAGUGAGGACAAAGUGCUGGAGAGCCCGCCCGAGAGUUGGGGCGGAGGGAAGGCGGAGACCGGGCCAAGACCAGACCGCAGAUCGCUCGUCUUUACGGGAGAGGGAGAGUGACAAGACCCCAAGGCCAGCUCUUGUCUACGUCCGGGAGCUAAUGGCAGGGGACAGAGCCAAGCAUAAUGAGCUGGACCAAGAGAAAUAUGAUGCCCAUGACAACGUGAAGAUCAUCUGCCUGGGGGACAGUGCAGUGGGCAAGUCUAAACUCGUGGAGAGGUUUCUCAUGGACGGAUUUCAGCCACAGCAACUGUCCACAUAUGCCCUGACUCUGUAUAAGCACAAGGCCACAGUAGACGGCAAGACCAUCCUUGUGGACUUCUGGGAUACAGCAGGCCAGGAGCGGUUCCAGAGCAUGCAUGCCUCCUACUACCACAAGGCUCACGCCUGCAUCAUGGUAUUUGAUGUUCAGAGGAAAAUCACCUAUAAGAACCUGGGUACCUGGUAUGCAGAACUUCGGGAGUUCAGGCCGGAGAUCCCAUGCAUCCUGGUGGCCAAUAAAAUUGAUGCAGACAUACAGAUGACUCAAAAGAACUUCAGUUUUGCCAAGAAGUUCUCCCUGCCCCUGUACUUUGUCUCAGCGGCCGACGGUACCAAUGUUGUGAAGCUCUUCAAUGAUGCGAUUCGAUUAGCUGUGGCUUACAAAGAAAGUUCCCAGGACUUCAUGGAUGAGGUUUUACAGGAGCUUGAGAACUUCAAGUUGGAGGAUACACCAGAACUUCAAGAAGAGGAUACACCAGACCAAGAGCAGAGUGGCAUGACCAAGAGCCCAUCUCCUUCUUAAUCAGGACACCCACGCAUGGCUGAGUUGGGGUACUGGAGCCGUUUGGAACACCCUACAUCUCUGGGGAGGCUCUCCAGGCUACCCCUGCUCAACUUCCUGAAAACACUGUUCUGUGGUACAUGAUGAGGUCAACACAAACACUAGACAGGCGUGCUAUCCCAGCAGCUUCCUGCAGCAGGAUGAGGGAUCCGUGUUUCUCACAUGUGCCCACUCCACUGCAGCCUGACAGUGCAGAGACAGUGAACAUGCUCAUAUGUCUUCUCAGUAGACAUUUGGGUGUUUGUUGUCUUUCAUCCCAAACUGACCUCAGGGACUCUCCCUUGCACUUCUGCUGAUAGGAUGAUGGCUAGCCCCUUACUACUCUGUUCCUGUCUCCCAACCAACUUUUACAACAACAUUUGACAGACAACUGUUCAUUACAGAUUUUUUUUUUUUUUUUUGAGCACUGACUAUUUCAGGAUUGAGAGCACAGGAGCAGGACUCUGUUGCAGUCACGUGAAGACAUAAGUCUAGCCAUAUCUGUCCAUAUACAUUACUGUUCCCCACCACGUGAGCAUGAGUUUCUUUUAAAGCCUUCCAUCUCAGGGUAGAAAGCUUCCCUCCACUUCUCAAGAGGAGUUAAGCACUGCGUCUUCUGUGGGUGGCAGAACACGGCAGAGAAGAGCUGCCUUCCUUUCUGCAGCUUGCUUUUAUGAUUGUCUUGAGCAUCAUUCACAUUGUCUCCAUUAUUUUGUUAGUACUGUUUCCUUUUUUUACAAUAAAGAUUGAGUUUCAUAAA